AAAAAGGGAGAUUUACUGGUUUAAUAAAAAUGGAAGAUGAAUUUUCUGAUGCCGAAUGUGGAACGUUUCCGGCUGCUGAUGUUAAUGCCGAGCUGAAUCCCGGUCAUGACAAGGACUUCAAGGAGGUUUGCUUGUCAAGUGAGAUCAGUACUUCUCGAGAUAUCAAGCAAAACUGGCAUCAAUUCUUGCUAACUCCGACUGAUUUAUUACAAACUUGGAAAUUAAGGGAGGAGCUGAGCCACCACAAAAGAAAGAGGGAAGGAAGAACUCCAUGCAGACGCUGAAAACAGCCGUGUUAAUUUCGGCUGCGGUGGUGGCGGUGGCUGGAGUAGUCAUUGUCAUAACCAAGAAACUUAAAGAGAAAUGAAC